AUGAAUACAUGGGCGCUGUAUUUGGGUCUCGGAUUUCUUACGGCGGUUAUUUCGAAUCAUGGUUAUCAAAAAGAAAAUCUCUCUGAAAAUUAUCGUUAUCGGAGACACGUUGGGAAGACAUCUUUAAUAACUCAGUAUAUUGACAAAAAGUUCAGUAAUCAGUAUAAAGCCACAAUCGGUGCAGACUUCUUUACAAAACAAGAAGUUUUUGAUGAUCGUUUGGUAACAAUGCAGAUUUGGGAUACCGCUGGACAAGAAAGAUUUCAAUCUCUGGGAGUAGCUUUCUAUCGUGGCGCUGACUGCUGCGUUCUUGUGUAUGAUGUUACUAUGACUAAUACCUUCAAGACGUUGGAUUCAUGGAGAGAUGAGUUUUUGGUGCAGUCAAGUCCUCGAAAUCCUGAGAAAUUCCCAUUCAUUGUAAUUGGAAAUAAAUGCGACUUAGACAAUAGAGCUGAUUAACUGUUUUGUUCGUUUGUUUCAGAACGUUGGCGCAUCUCUUUGUGCCCAUAUUGUACGAAGGUUGUUCUUAAAUAAAUAAAUUCAGAAUGUCAGCUACUUCAGCUUGGCUUGGCAGCUGCCUUUUAUCAACACGAUAAGAGUAGUUAAUGUAAACUCUAAUGCGGGUAACUAAGUUCUGACUAACAUCAGUACAUUAUUAGUCUUCACACUUUUACCUAGUUUAUGGUUGCAAAAGCAGAAAGGGCCGUGCACAAUUUUUAUAAGUAUGUCUUAGACACAUUGCCAUUUUGAUGCUUUGUUCAAUCUGUGACUAAAUCUAAUUGUUGGUUAUAUGUCAACCUCGUUUAACUGCUUAAGUCAGUAUUCCCACAUAAUAAUGAGUUUUUGACAACAAAUAUAUUAUACAUUAUAAACUCUUGUCACACAACAGAACUAGCAUCUCUGUCUAAUUCAUUUAAACAGUAUGUGUUUGAGUGGUUAUUUAGAGGUGGUAAUGAUAAAGAAAAAGGAAAUAACCCUAAUCCUAACGGUGUAAGAAAGAUUUCCAGGAAAUCCAAUAAAUAAACAGUCCCUUGUAUACAGGAUCUAGGUUUUGAACAAGUCACCACUGUUAUUGAUUUUUCUUAAGUUAAUGUACUAUUUAUAUGCCAUUAUAUACAGAUUGACAAUAAGAUGAUCCAAGAGUGUGACACUACACCUAAUGUCUUCUGUUUUCUCAGCCAAUCAUAAUUAUUUAGCUAUAGAUAACAUUUAUUUUUAAUUUAUUUACAUAUCUCGCUAUCAUGUAUAAAAUACAGUCGACUGGAUAGCUAAACCUUCGGCAGAAAUGAGUGUUACUUAGAUAUGUAGGCCUUGUAAUUAGAUUAUUUCCUAUAGUUAUCAUGUUAUUACACUGCCAUAGUCAGAAAUAAUAAGCAGCUAUUGAUUCCUAGUUAUUCCAGCAAUGGGUCAUCUUGGAAACUCGUGUUGGUUAGGUCGUUUUUUUGAGAUGUAACCCUUAAGGUGGUUAUAGUCUUGGUGUGGUUCUUUAUUAUCCAAUGGCUUUAUUUUAGUAAAAAAUAAAACAGGAACAGUAAUCGCAUCCAAAGGUAGUUCACACUUGAUCUAAUUUACUAACUUGAAAGGUAUUUGUAGCAGAACGGUAAAUGUGUUUCAUAAUUUUCAAGGCAUCAGUGGCGCCAUAUUCUAUAGUAUCUGUCGGAUCAUAAGUAAUGGAAGUAGAUCAAUAUAUUAAAUGAACACAGUUGUCUUCUACGCUUAUUCAUCAGCUGUUCAAGACUCCUUCCACGUGAAAAAGAAUUCUAAUGAAGAUUCUGGAUAGUUAAAUAAGAAGUACAGUAGAAAGCUUCUGGAUCUAUUUGAUGUUUUGAAUUGGGGCGAAGAUUUCUAGGACAAAUUGACUGGUAGAGGUUAGGUUACUUAUCUACCAUAUUCAUCUUUGUAAUUAAAAAUAGUUGCGCCAUUACUCUUCCCGUUUUUCAUGAUAACAGUAACUUCUAUCUGCUUUAUACAGAUAUCUGAAAAUCGUGCUAGACAA